CACUUCAGAAGAAAAAUGAGCCAUGAGCAAUUACUAGCACACAGAGAUGGAACUGGGACAGAUGAUGAAGUAACCCAUCCGGUAGAGGGUUCACCGAAGCAAGAUUCUCUGUUAAUGAACAGUAUGGAGUCUGGGAGUCCAGCCACUGACAGCUCUGGGAAACGUAUGCGGUCUGAGAGUGAUGAGUAUGAGAGCGAUGACUCUGCUGAACUGGUCUCGGACAAAGCUCCUGGUCCAUCACCUCCAGAUCCAUUACUAAUAGAGAACUUUGACGAGCACUUGCCUCCCACUGUAUCCUUGCUACAGAAUCCGAAAGGAGCCAAGGUCUACCUUGUUGGCACUGCUCACUUCAGUGUCGAAAGUCAAGAUGAUGUCUCAAUGGUUAUCCGCAAUGUUCGCCCACACAUAGUGAUGGUGGAGCUCUGCCGAAACCGAGCUAGUAUUCUACAGAUGGAUGAAGAAACAAUAGAGAGAGAAGCAAAAAAUAUAACCUUUGAGAAGAUCAUGGCCACAAUCAAGGAGAAUGGGGUGUUCCAGGGAUUGAUGUACACUCUGUUCCUAAACCUGUCAGCCCAGCUGACGAGGGAGCUUGGAAUGGCACCAGGUGGCGAGUUUCGCAGAGCUCUCGCUGAGGUAAGAAUGUUGCAGAACUGUGUGAUUCACUUUGGUGACCGACCGAUCCAUGUGACUUUGAAGAGGGCUUUGACAGUGCUCAGCUGGUGGAAUAGUAUUCGACUCAUCUGGUGCCUCACUUUUUCCAACAAAUAUCCUACUAAGGAAGAAGUGGAACAGUGUAAACAGAAGGACUUGCUGGAACAGAUGCUGAAGGAGAUGUCGGGAAAGUUUCCCGAACUAGGUAGAGUGUUUGUGGAGGAGAGAGACACUUACCUAACUUACUCUCUGCAGCUGGCCUCGUGCCAUCAGCCUCGCAGGAUGGGACCUGGAGCAACUGAACCAACCAGGGUGGUGGGCAUUGUGGGUAUGGGGCAUGUGGCAGGCAUCACUAAGCUCUGGGGAACUGUCAAGGACUCUGACAUACCUCCGAUAAUGACGAUUCCCCCACCAUCGAGAUCGGGGCAAGUGGUGAAGGCAACUAUUAAGGUGGCAGUGGCAGGUUUGGUGUUGUGGGGUGCCUACAAGUUGUUCACGCCAAAGGCAAAGGCAGUGUCGGAGGCUAUUGGUAAAGUGCCUAGAAAGUUGUCAGUACUUAUAACGGGGAUAAUUAGACAGUAAAAGACAACAACACAAAUUUUCUCAGAGUUUAACACAAUGGCCGAUAUGUACGGAAUGGAUAACUACACUCAUGUGGACCCAGCAAUAUACUACAGCGACACUAACAUACCAGGGCCGGGCGUGGAGCCAGGAUUGUGGGAAGUUUCACUAUGUGUCCAAUGCACAUGUGUGGAUGAGUGCGGUACGACCUGCGCAUGCUUGGAGGCUUCAGGAGGUCAGAACUACAUCAAUCGCCUCGUAUCGGAUGAAAAGCUAUCAGCCAGUUCACUCUUGCUGGAAUGUAACGAUCUUUGUAAGUGUUCGAUAAACUGUGGGAACCGUGUGGUACAACUCGGUCCUAGAAGAUCGCUUUCCACUUUCCUCACCAGUCUACGAGGUUAUGGCCUCAAGACUACUUCACAUGUCCAGCGAGGGAGUUUCAUCUGCGAGUAUGCAGGAGAAGUAAUCAGCCGGGAGGAGGCUAGGCGUCGAGCUCUGCAUGACGGUGUCAACUAUAUAUUUGUUUUAAAAGAACACACUUCCAAUUCUGUCUCUGAAACAAUAAUAGAUCCUACUUGUAUCGGUAAUAUCGGCCGUUACGUGAACCACUCUUGCCAACCCAAUGCUGCCGUUGUCCCUGUUUAUAUAGACUGUCCAGUUCCUAAAUUAGCGAUUUUCGCACUCUCUGAUAUUAAACCUGAUGAAGAAAUAACGUACGAUUAUGCCAGUGGAAGUGCCGAAAUUGGGACGUCUCCAUGUUUUUGUCAAACAAAAAGUUGCCGUAAUUUUCUUCCUUUCAAUAAAGAUCUUUUGUGUUAAAUCCACAUUCCACAACUAGCAUGUAUUAUAAUGUAAAUAAAUUGCAAAGUUUUAUAUUUUUACUUGUACGUCUGUAUUGUUGUUGAUGAAAUAAAAUUCUAUCUUAUUACAACUGAUAAAAA